AUGGACGUGCGUCAAGUACCUGUGAUCGACAUCCGCGCGCUCAUGGCGCUGCCCACGGAGGCCCACGUGGACGCUGCAGUGCGUGACGCGUCGGGCAGCGGCUUAAGUGCGACGGUCACGGCCGUUCGGGCUGCUGCCACCGAAUGGGGAUUCUGGUACAUUGCGAACCACGGCCUGACACCCGACGAGGUCGAAGCGUUCCAACAUCAGAUGCGGUCGUUCUUUGGCCUGUCAUUGGCUGUAAAGCAGCGCAUGCGGCGUGGGGUAUUAAAUUCCAGAGGCUAUUUCGACAAUGAAUUAACGAAAAACAAAACCGACUGGAAAGAGGGCUUUGACGUAUCCGGCAGCCAGGAAGAUCCGGAUAACGACAAGGAGCGGCUCCAGAAGCACUUAGGUUCGACCGAGCAGAUCCAAAAAGCGGACCCAUGUCACGAACGCAUGGGACAGGAUGCAAACCAGUGGCCCGAAGCCGCCCUGUUGCCGGAGUUUCGGCCCGAGCUGCUCGAGUAUUCCCGCAAGAUGGAGCAAAUCGCUCACCGACUGGUGAAAGUCUGUGCGGCCGCUUUGGGCCUCGCGCCCACAGUGUUUGACGCGUGUUUCCAGCCCGACAACUCGAGUUUCUUGCGGCUGAACCAUUACCCCGUGGCGCCAGCGCCCAAUGAUGGCAAGAUGGGCGUGCACCACCACACCGAUGCAGGUGCGCUGACGGUGCUGCUGCAGGACGACCACGUGGCGUCGCUGCAGGUCUUUCACCGCGAGUCCCAAACGUGGACGCUCGUGCCCCCGCGCGCCGGCACGUUUGUCGUCAACAUUGGCGACAUGAUGCAGGUGUGGUCGAACGACGUGUUUGUCGCACCGCUGCACCGCGUGCUCGCGAAUGGAAGGGCCGCGCGCUUUUCUGCGCCGUUUUUCUACAACCCGUCGUACAAGACGCUCGUGCAGCCUCUGGUGGCAAGCGAAGGCGAGGACGAGCCGCACUAUCGGCCGCUGAGCUGGCGCGAGUUCCGUCAAGCGCGGUUCCAAGGCGACUAUGCUGACAGCGGCAAGGAGGUGCAGAUUGGCGACUAUAAGAUCCGCGGCCCUGUCGACGAGGCGAAUGCGUAA